GAAAGACAUUCAGGAAAAGCGGAAGAGAUGGCAGUUUCUUGGGGCUCAGUGACCUAUGAAGAUGUAGCCGUGAUAUUCACUCAAGAGGAGUGGGCACUGUUGAAUCCUACAGAAAAAAAACUCUACAGAGAUGUAAUGUGUGAAAACUUGAGGAACUUCCUUUCCAUAGAAAAAAUACAAGAACUUUCCACCAAAGAGCAGCAUAACUUGCACAGGAUUCAACAAAGUAAUACAGCAGUGAAAAUCUGUGAGGGCAAAAAAAUUCAGAAUGGUAGAAAAUCUCAAGAAUGUGAAGUAUACAACAAAUUACUCACUUACUCUAUUCAUCUUCAAAAACAUGAAAGAAUACACAGUGGAGAGAAACCCUAUGAAUGUAAACAGUGUAGUAAAACAUUCAGUCAAGCUGAUCGUCUUCAUAUACAUGAACGAACUCACAGUGGAGAGAAACCCUAUGAAUGUAAACAAUGUAGUAAAACAUUCAGGCAAUCCAGCAGUCUUCAGACACAUGAAAGAACUCACAGUGGAAAGAAACCCUAUGGAUGUAAACAGUGUAGUAAAACAUUCAGUUGUUCCAGUUAUCUUCGGGAACAUGAAAGAAUUCACAGUGGAGAGAAACCCUAUGAAUGUAAACUAUGUAAUAAAACAUUCAGUUAUUCCAGUAGUCUUCGGACACAUGAAAGAACUCACAGUGGAGAGAAACCCUAUGAAUGUAAACAAUGUAGUAAAACAUUCAAUUGUUCCAGUAGUCUUCGGACACAUGAAAGAACUCACAGUGGAGAGAAACCCUAUGAAUGUAAACAAUGUAGUAAAACAUUCAGUUUUUCCAGUAGUCUUAAGAAACAUGAAAGAACUCACAGUGGAGAGAAGCCCUAUGAAUGUAAACUAUGUAGUAAAACAUUCAGUUGUUCCAGUAGUCUUAAGAAACAUGAAAGAACCCACAGUGGAGAGAAACCCUAUGAAUGUAAACUAUGUGGUAAAACAUUCAGGCAACCCAGUGAUCUUCAGACACAUGAACGAAUUCACAGUGGAGAGAAACCCUAUGAAUGUAAACUAUGUAGUAAAACAUUCCGGGAAUCCAGUAGUCUUAAGAAACAUGAAAGAACUCACAGUGGAGAGAAGCCCUAUGAAUGUAAACUAUGUAGUAAAACAUUCAGUUGUUCCAGUAGUCUUAAGAAACAUGAAAGAAUUCACAGUGGAGAGAAACCCUAUGAAUGUAAACAAUGUAAUAAAACAUUCCGACAAUCCUGUUAUUUACGGCAACAUGAACGAUCUCACAGUGGAGAGAAACCCUAUAAAUGUAAACAAUGUAGUAAAACAUUCAUUUGUUCCAGCAGUCUUCGCUCACAUGAAAGUAUUCACACUGGAGAGAAACCUUAUGAAUGUAGACUAUGUAGUAAAACAUUCAGGCAAUCCAAAUCUCUUCGGACACAUGAAAGAACUCACAGUGGAGAGAAACCCUAUGAAUGUAAACUAUGUAGUAAAACAUUCAGGCAAUCCAGAACUCUAAGGGCACAUGAAAGAAUUCACAGUGGAAUCGCAGCCUCAAACCUGCUCCCAACACCCUAUCCUCAGCCUGUACCCUCUCAGCCACAGUGACAUGGAAGGAGUGGCUGGACGCCUUCUGCUGCUGGCAAGUCUUCCUGCCCUGGAAGCCACUGAGGCCAUGUAUGAGAGCAGUCUCUUCUACUAUGACUGGGAGACCCUGCAGCUGGCAGGAGUCCUCUGCUUGGUCGGCAUCACCUUCGCCCUGAGCAACAAAUGUAAAUGAAAACUAAAAAGGAAUAUAGCCCAGUACCUGAGUGCCAUCCCAUUCAUUGUGUCAGGGUCUGUCGGGACCUGCUGAGCCAGGAAUCUUCCCCCUUGGGUCCGUGCACCAGGCAAAGACAGGACAAGCCUUGUUUGUGAAUAAAACCCCUUCUCCCUCUUAAGGAAAAAAAAAAUUCACAGUGGAGAGAAACCCUAUGAAUGUAAACUAUAUAGUAAAACAGUUGUUCCAGUCAUCUUCAGACACAUGAAAGAACUCAGUGCAGAGAAACCUUAUGAAUGUAAAUAAUGAAGUAAUGCAUUCAUGGGAUCUAGUUCUCUGCAGUUACAUGAUAGAAUUCAAAGUGGAGAGAAAGAAACCUCAUGAAUGUAAACAAUGUCAAACAUUUAAGCCAGUUUUCUUUGGAGACAUGAAAGAUCUCACAGUGGAGAGAAACCCAGUAACAAUAAACAGCAGAACAUUGAUUCAAGCCAGUCAUCUUUGUCAACAUGAAAUAACUCAGAAUGGAGAGAAAUUUGAUAAAUGUAAGCAGUGUGAAAACAUUCUGUUAUUCUGGUCCUCUUUGUAGACAUGAAAGAAUUCAUAGUGAAACCAAACCCCAAGAAAGUCAUAAAGCUUUCAGAUGUUCCACUAAUUUUCAAUCACAUGAAAAUAUUCACAAUGGAAAUCAAUCUUUUGAGCAUAAACUGUACUAAAGAUUAGAGACACGAUGCAGAGGCUUGUGGUUCAAUAUAACUCUCAGGUGUGAGCCUUUGCACUACAUGGGCUAGAGAUACGUUCUGUUUUUAUUGACUCCAUCUUGUGUUAAUAUAUAAGUAAAUAUGUUUAAUUGUAGGGAUCAUAGGGUCAUGUGAACCCUCACCUCUGUAUAUGGUAUAAAUAUAUGGAAUAUGAGUAAGUACUUUGAUUCUUUAUCAUAAAUUCUAAUAUAUGAAAAAAUCCACUUGGUACUGGGAACUUAGAUGUCAACAAUGCUUAGAUGUAUUAAAAUCCAUAACAGUUUUUGCACAUAUAAAAUCACUGGCAUUAGACAAACAAUUCUUAACAGUGUAGACACUGUAGAAUGAUUUUACAGAUCUAGAAAGAAACUUGUCCUGGAGUGACCAGUGAAUGUAAAACUGGGAUAAUAGUGGAUGGUACAAUAUGUGCACAUGGUGCAAAGCGCAAAGACUGGCAUAUGGAUCCUGGUUUGAGCCCCAGCUCCCCACCUGCAGGGUGAAGCAGGUUUCCAGGUGUCAUCUUUCUCUCCUCUCUGUCUUCCCCUCCUCUCCCCAUUUCUCUGUGUCCUAUCCAUCAGUGACAUCAG